CGGAUACUGUGGAGGAAAUAAAGACAACCCAAACUGCUGCAUGAACCAGAAGAAAGACCACUCGCAGAUCAUUCUCUCACCAUCUUUAUUCAACCCAGAGAUGUUCAUGCCCCAGGAUCCAACCCAAGAGCCCAUCUUCCCCCCAGAAUUGCUGAGGCUGAAAGAUGCUCCUCAGAAGCAGCUGCGUUUUGAAGGGGAACGUGUGACCUGGAUCCAGGCCCCAACCCUGAAGGAGCUGCUGAACCUCAAAGCACAGCACCCCGAGGCCAAGCUGGUGGUGGGGAACACAGAGAUUGGCAUCGAGAUGAAGUUUAAGAACAAGCUGUUUCCUGUGAUCAUCUGCCCAGCCUGGAUUCCAGAGCUGAAUUCAGUGGAGCAUGGACCGGAGGGUAUCACCUUUGGAGCUGCUUGCACCCUGAGCUCUAUGGAAAAGACCCUGCAAGAUGCUGUUGCCAACCUUCCUGAGCAGAAAACAGAGGUGUUCAAAGGCAUCCUGGAGCAGCUGCGCUGGUUUGGUGGGAUGCAAGUCAAGUCUUUGGGGUCCAUUGGAGGGAACAUCAUCACCGCCAGCCCCAUCUCCGACCUCAACCCGGUGUUCAUGGCCAGCGGGGCCAAGCUGACUGUCGUGUCCAGAGGUACCAGGAGAACGAUUCAGAUGGAUCACACCUUUUUCCCUGGCUACAGAAAGACCCUGCUACGUCCAGAGGAGAUACUGCUUUCCAUCGAGAUCCCUUACAGCAGGGAGGGUGAGUUUUUCUCAGCAUUUAAGCAGACCUCUCGGAGAGAAGAUGACAUAGCCAAGGUGACCUGCGGCAUGAGAGUCCUAUUCGAGCCAGGAACCACACAGGUAAAGGAGCUGGCUCUUUGCUAUGGCGGAAUGGCUGACAGAACCAUCUCAGCCUUCAAGACCACUCGGAAGCAGCUGUCACAUUUCUGGAAUGAGAAGCUGCUGCAGGAGGUGUGUGCAGGGCUGGCAGAGGAGCUGCAGCUGUCGCCCGACGCCCCUGGUGGCAUGGUGGAGUUCCGACGCACACUCACCCUCAGCUUCUUCUUCAAGUUCUACCUGACGGUGCUUCAGAAGCUGGGCCAGCAGGACUCAGAAGACAAGGUUGGUAGACUGGACCCCACCUUUGCCAGCGCCACUUUACUCCUUCAGAAAGACCCUCCAGCUAAUGUCCAGAUCUUCCAAGAGGUGCCCAAGUGUCACUCUGAAGAGGAAACCGUGGGCCGGCCCCUGCCCCACCUGUCUGCCCGCAUACAGGCCUCUGGGGAGGCCGUGUACUGUGAUGACAUGCCUCGCUAUGAUAAUGAACUGUACCUCCGGCUGGUCACCAGCACCCAGGCCCAUGCCAAGAUCAAGUCCAUUGAUACUUCAGAAGCUCAGAAGGUGCCGGGAUUUGUUUGCUUUAUCUCCGCUGAUGAUGUUCCUGGGAGUAACGAAACUGGACUUUCUAAUGAUGAAACCGUCUUUGCAAAAGAUAAGGUAACUUGUGUUGGGCACAUCAUUGGGGCUGUGGUCACCGACACCCGAGAACAUGCACAGAGAGCUGCUCAAGGGGUGAAAAUCACCUAUGAAGACCUUCCAGCCAUUAUCACCAUCGAGGAUGCUAUAAAACACAACUCAUUCUAUGGACCUGAGGUGAAGAUUGAGAAUGGAAACCUCAAGAAGGGGUUUUCAGAAGCAGAUAACAUUGUUUCAGGUGAGCUGUACAUCGGUGGUCAAGAGCACUUCUACCUAGAGACUCAAUGCACCAUCGCUGUCCCAAAAGGCGAGGCAGGGGAGAUGGAGCUCUUUGUGUCCACACAGAAUACCAUGAAGACCCAGAGCUUUGUUGCAAACAUGUUGGGGGUUCCAGCAAACCGUAUUGUGGUCCGAGUGAAGAGAAUGGGAGGAGGCUUUGGAGGGAAGGAGACCCGGAGCACCGUGGUCUCCACGGCAGUGGCCUUGGCUGCACACAAGACCGGCCGCCCUGUGCGCUGCAUGCUGGAUCGUGACGAGGAUAUGCUGAUAACUGGUGGCAGAAACCCCUUCUUGGCCAGAUACAAGGUUGGCUUCAUGAAGUCUGGGAUUAUCGUGGCUCUGGAGGUGGAUCACUACAGCAAUGCCGGGAACACAAUGGAUCUCUCUCAGAGUGUAAUGGAAGUAGCUUUGUUCCACAUGGACAACUGCUACAAAAUCCCCAACAUCCGGGGCACUGGGCGGCUGUGCAAGACCAACCUGCCCUCCAACACGGCCUUCCGGGGCUUCGGGGGGCCCCAGGGGAUGCUCAUUGCCGAGUGUUGGAUGAGUGACGUCGCAGUGACCUGUGGGCUGCCUGCAGAGGAAGUGCGGAGGAAGAACCUGUACAAAGAAGGGGACCUGACACACUUCAACCAGAAGCUUGAGGGGUUCACCUUGCCCAGGUGCUGGGAUGAAUGUCUAAUAAGAUCUCAUUAUCACGUCCGGAGGAGUGAGGUUGACAAAUUCAACAGGGAGAAUUGUUGGAAAAAGAGAGGAUUGUGCAUAAUUCCUACCAAGUUUGGAAUAAGCUUCAGACUUGCUUUUCUAAAUCAGGCAGGAGCCCUGGUUCAUGUGUACACAGAUGGCUCUGUACUGCUGACUCAUGGCGGCACUGAGAUGGGACAAGGCCUUCACACCAAGAUGGUCCAGGUGGCCAGCACAGCUCUGAAAAUCCCCACCUCUAAGAUUUACAUCAGUGAGACAAGCACCAAUACAGUGCCCAACACCUCUCCCACAUCUGCCUCUGUCAGCAGUGACAUCAAUGGACAGGCCGUCUACGAAGCUUGUCAGACCAUACUGAAAAGGCUGGAGCCCUUCAAGGAAAAGAAUCCCAGUGGCUCCUGGGAAGACUGGGUUAUGGCUGCCUAUGAAGAUGCAGUGAGCUUGUCCGCUACUGGGUUUUACAAAACGCCCAAUAUUAACUACAGUUUUGAGACCAACUCAGGAAAUCGCUUCCACUACUUCAGCUAUGGGGUGGCUUGUUCUGAAGUGGAAAUUGACUGCUUAACAGGGGAUCAUAAGAACAUUCACACAGACAUUGUCAUGGAUGUUGGCUGCAGUCUGAACCCUGCUAUUGAUAUUGGACAGGUGGAAGGGGCGUUUGUCCAGGGCUUGGGCCUCUUCACCAUGGAGGAGCUACGCUACUCCCCUGAGGGGAGCCUGAUCACCCGCGGCCCCAGCACCUACAAGAUCCCUACGUUUGGGAGCAUCCCCGUUAAGUUCAGGGUGUUUCUGCUCCGUGACAGCUCCAACAAGAAGGCCAUCUACGCAUCCAAGGCUGUUGGGGAGCCGCCCCUCUUCCUGGCCUCCUCCAUCUUCUUUGCCAUCAAGGAUGCCAUCCGUGCGGCGCGAGCUCAGCACACAGAUAAUACGAAGGAGCUUUUCCAGCUAGACAGCCCCGCCACCCCAGAGAAGAUCCGCAAUGCCUGCAUAGACAAGUUCACCACACUGUGAAUCACUGCUGUUCCAGAAAACUGUAAGCCCUGGUCUAUUAGGGUCUGAAGAGAAAGCCCCCAGCGGAUCUUCUCAUGCUACACGAGGGCUCCCAUGGAUCAUGGAACAUGCCUUGCUGAACAUGAAUCUAUAAAGUAGCAGAAUGACAACACUGUGAUUCAUCAGGAUGGUGUUUGGAAGAAACCUAAAUGCAAUGGAAGAUUUUGAUCAAAAACGUGAUUUACAAUACAUAGCAAUAAGAUUCAGAAGUGUUAGACCCAAGUGGCUAAUGUACAGUUAGGGCCAUUUCAUGUCUGUUUUAAUCAUGUAUCUGAAAUAGGUGUAGGAAAUGUUUAUGCUGUGUCCCAACUCACCGGGCAGCCUGUAUAAUCUCAAGUGCUGAUAGUGUCUGUGCUUCAAGGAGGAUUCCCACUAACUUCCAUAAGCUUAAAUCAAAGUUACUUUAAAUCCAUGUGCCUUCUGCAGAAAGCCUUUCCUUCAAACCAAUGAAUGUCAUAUUAUAACUUCAGAUCUACAAUGAAAUUUGCAAUGGGACAGUAGGGUGAGAUUCAAGCCUCUAACCAUCUUUUGGUUAUUGGAGAGAAUAAAGAAUUAAACAAAUUCAAGGAUAGUUGUAUCCAGUUUUGUUAAGCUACAUAAAGUAAGAUCAUUCCAUGACACCAAAACCAACUAACCCAAUUAUUGAGCACCUACAAUGUGCUAGUUUUCUUCCUCUUCGUCUUUGUGCAUUUCCAAAAAGGAAAGAAGAGGGAGAAAUGAUCAGGUUCAAAAAUCCUUAUUUGAAGCCAGAGUAAUUUCCAUCUAAAAAUGAUGCUACCUUAAUUAAGAUCAAGCAGAGGAAAAAGAGUCAAGGAACCUGGGCUCUCAUCCCAGCUGUGUCCCUGUCUGUGUGACCUUGGACUGCCAAUUCCCUCUUCUGUGCUUCAUUUUACUGCAAAAUAAAAGGAUCGGACUGGAAUAACCUC